CCUGAGUAUCAUCCAUCAUACUCUGCCAGAGUAUCAAAUAGCUCCUCUAAUGAUAAUAUCACUUCUAGUUUGAGCAUCCAAACCGAGAAAAAGUAAAAUGCAAACACUCAUAUCUCUGGCGUCUCCUUCAUCCUUCCACCAUACAAGAUCAUCCCACCACUACCUCCUAAGACCUUCUUGCAGUUUGAGGAAGGAGAGCAGAACAAGCCUCAAAGAAAACUGGCCUUCCAUCUCUCUUUCUCUCUUUGGUGCAGGUUUCUUCUUGGGUCCUCUUAUUGAUGGAAUUCAUUCAAGGGUGGAUCUUCAAGCAUACCAAAAUGGGUCAAUUGACAUUGGCCCACUUCAUACAAACAUAUGGGUUCCUUUGUUACUUGGAGCAUUUUACUGCAUUGUUGGGAUGCUGCAACUCGUUUUGGAUGAAAGGGUGUCUUCCAAAUCAGAAGUCCCAAAGGGGAGCUUAGAGAAAACAACAAUUUCAUUGAUAACAUUGGUGCUAUUCAUUGAGCUGAGUACUGAAAUGUACAAAGCUGGAGUGCCGUCCAACAUUGAAACCUACGUAUUAUUUGCAGUGGCGGAGUUUGUAUGGUUGUUCCUGGAUGGGACAUGGUUGGGGUUCACCAUUGCUUGCUUGGUUGGUUUUGGCUGCCCGUUGGCUGAAAUACCAAUAAUCAAGUUGUUUCACUUGUGGUACUAUCCCCAAGCAGAUAUCAACAUUUUUGGCGAGGUAAGAAUCAGAUCAAGAGCUUAUGUGUAGGAGUAUACUACUUUCCCCACUUCUCGACACAUCCAGCCCAUUUGUCAGGGAUUAAUCAGUUGGACAAGCACUUGCUAUUUUGUUUACACACCGUUUUUAAUCAGCUUAUCGCGUUGGCUGAGAUCGAACACGGCCGUCAUCAAGGACAAAGCCGAAUAACAGUGACGACAUUUUCAGUUCAAAUCACCCGAAGACUUUUUUACUAUUAAAAUGAGACAAGACAAGACAUGGGUUUUUCACAUAUGAUGUUCUUCUUAGUAUCCUUGCCAGAUUACAUGCUAUGUCUGUGUUUGGAUGCACAACUGAUUUGGAUUGCGAUGCUCAGCUCAGUCAAGAGGAAUAGGCCAACUUGUACUUACAAUUCCUAGUAUCACAACAAGAAAGUCGCCCUCAAAUUGCAGUUAGAUUCCUUUCAACUGUAGCUUGAAAGCAAUGCAAACACGCAUUGGAGCCCGAUCCCUCAGCAUGAUUGCUAAGAAGGUAACUGAACUUGGGUCAAAUCCAGUUCAUUGAAUAGUGAUUACAAUUCAAUUCACUUGUGCAUCCAAACAUGGCCUGUAUCUCUGGACUCAAAUCGAUAGUAAAUUCAGUGUAGACUGCCCACUAAAACACUACAUUCAACCCCGUAAUGAAAUUCGUCCAACAUUUUGAUU